UAUAUAUAUAUGAUUUUCUGGGGCGUUACUUUAGCAACACUGCCAAAAAUGAAAACAUGGCUAGUGCCUUGACAGAUGCUAUACAAUUACUUACACAUGCUCAUCUUAUUCCAUAAUCAAAUCCCAUUUAUUUAAUUUUUUUUCUAAUUUAUUUCUAUUUUCCUGAAUUUUUUGUGCUGUUUUUUCAUCAACCUACCAUAUAAUCUUUUUUUUGUUAUAUAAAAUUUAAUAUAUAGUCUAUGGAGUUCAGCAGCGGUGGAGGUGGAGGCGGAGGCGGCGGCUCUAGCGGCGGCGAUGCCUCCGAUCCUCACCGGAGGAAGAAGCGGUACCACCGCCACACCGCCCACCAAAUUCAACGCCUCGAAUCAAUGUUCAAAGAGUGUCCACACCCAGAUGAGAAGACAAGAAAUCUGUUGAGCAGAGAGUUGGGCUUACAUCCUAGGCAGAUCAAAUUUUGGUUCCAAAACAGAAGAACUCAGAUGAAGGCACAGCAUGAAAGAUCAGAUAAUUGUGCACUUAGGGCAGAUAAUGACAAGAUUAGAUGUGAAAACAUUGCAAUUAGAGAAGCCCUAAAAAAUAUAAUCUGCCCUUCUUGUGGUGGCCCUCCUGUCACUGAAGAUUCGUAUUUCGACGAACAAAAACUGCGAAUCGAAAAUGCCCAAUUGAAAGAAGAGUUGGAUAGAGUUUCAAGCAUUGCUGCAAAAUACAUAGGAAGGCCUAUCUCACAGCUGCCACCAGUUCAGCCAAUUCACAUAUCUUCAUUGGAUUUAUCAAUGGCUAGUUUCGGUGGACACGGAAUUAACGCGGGCCCCACGCUAGAUCUCGAUCUCGAUCUCCUACCGGGGAGUUCUUCGAGCGUGAUUCCGAAUUUGCCCUUCCCAUCGUUGAGCAUUUCCGAUUUGGACAAGUCAUUAAUGUCCGAUAUCGCGGCUAGUGCGAUGGAUGAGUUGAUCAGGCUAGUGCAGAGCAACGAGGAGCACCUUUGGAUCAAGUCCUCAUCCGACGGUCGAGAAAUGCUCAAUCUUGAAACCUACGAGAGAACUUUUCCGAGGCCUAAUGAUCACUUGAAAAAUCCUAAUGUUCGGAUUGAAGCUUCGAGAGAUUCCGGUGUUGUUAUAAUGAAUUCGUUAGCGUUGGUCGACAUGUUUAUGGAUGCGAAUAAGUGGGUGGAGUUAUUUCCUACAAUAGUGUCAAGGGCAAGAACUAUUGAAGUUAUCUCAUCUGGAAUGCUAGGAAGCCAAAGUAGCACAUUGCAAUUGAUGUAUGAAGAGUUGCAGGUUCUUUCAGCAUUAGUGCCAACAAGGCAAUUCUACUUCCUCCGUUUUCGGCAGCAAAUCGAACCGGGAUUGUGGGCCAUAGUCAAUGUUUCGUACGAUGUUCCUCAUCAAGAAAGUCAACUCUCUUCGUCGUGCAAAUCUCAAAGGCUUCCGUCCGGCUGCUUGAUCCAAGACAUGCCUAAUGGUUACUCAAAGAUAACUUGGGUGGAACAUUGUGAAGUAGAAGAUAAAGCUCCAAUCCAUCGGCUUUAUCGAGACCUUAUUCAAAGUGGAUUAGCCUUCGGAGCCGAAAGAUGGAUUUCGACUCUUCAAAGAACAUGUGAAAGAGUUGCUUAUUUGAUGGUUCCCGGAAACUCGUCUCGUGAUCCCGGAGGAGGAGUGAUACCCUCGCCCGAAGGCAAACGGAGCAUGACGAGACUUGCUCAAAGAAUGGUGAGCAAUUUUUGCUCAAGCAUUAAUCCUUCUAAUGGACAACAAUGGACCUCGGUUUCCGGAAUGAACGAAUUUGAAGUUCGAGCCACCCUCCACCGGAGCACCGAUCCAGCUCAGCCCAACGCGGUGGUGCUUAGUGCAGCCGCCACUAUAUGGCUUCCGAUUCCUCCCCAAAGCGUCUUCAAUUUUUUUCGAGACGAGAGAACUAGGCCUCAGUGGGAUGUUCUCUCAAACCAAAACCCUGUCCAAGAAGUUGCUCACAUUUCCAACGGCUCUCAUCCCGGAAACUGCAUAUCGAUCCUAAGGGCAUACAACACAAGCCAGAACAACAUGCUAAUACUCCAAGAGAGCUGCAUCGACUCGUCGGGGUCGAUAGUGGUCCACUGCCCCGUCGACUUGCCUUCGAUCAACGUAGCCAUGAGCGGCGAGGACCCCACAUUCCUCCCAUUGCUCCCGUCGGGAUUCACGAUCUCGCCCGACGGCGGGCCCCACCAGCUCCACCACGGCCAGUACGACGUGGCGUCCACGAGCUCGAACAGUACGACCGUCGACAGGUCGUCGUCAUCCGGCUCGCUCGUGACCGUGGUGUUCCAGAUCCUAGUCAGCAACUCGCCGUCGGCGCGGAUGAGCCCCGAGACGGUGAACACCGUCAAUAACCUCAUCGGAAACACCGUUCAUCAGAUUAAAGCCGCAUUGAACUGCAACUGAUCGAACUUCGAAAAAUUUUUGAAAAAAGAAAAAAAAAAAACACACACACACACGUGCGGGUGUGUGUGUGUGUGUGUGUGUUAGUUGGGGGAAUAUGAAUGCUUCAUUUAGUGUCACGUCAUCAAUAGCUGAAGCUGACUUAUAAAUUGCUGCUGCUGCUGCUGCUGCUGUAUUUGUUUUUGCUGUCAAGUUCAUUUACAAUUGACAACUACUUUUUUUUUUCUUUUUUUCUUUUUUUUUUUUUAAUUUUUUUUGUGUUUUUUUUUUUUUUUUUAUUGAAAAGAGGAGUCAAGAACGCACCGUUUGGUGAUAUUCUUGCUGUGGAAUUUAUCUCUACACACAGCAAGAUAUACUGUAUGGUUCGGGUAUUGACUUCUGUUUGUUUUGAACUUUUAAUUAAUUAUUAUGGAAUUUAAUUUUAAUUA